CGUGGAUGUGAAGUCACUGUUUCGCCGCCUUCUCUUUGAAUCACCUCUGUCGGAGAUAACAUUCCUCAAAUGUCUCACAUUUCUUCGCUCAAAUUCCUACAUUUUUCCUUUUAACUCCAGCGGUGCGCUGAGCGGAGCUUCAGCCGGAGCCUCUCUGGCGUUUUCUGCCGGAUAACGUCACUGCCGGGCGCUCAAACAUUAGCGCCUAUCCGGGUAAAACUUUUACACCGGGAUCAUUCAAACCGUGUAUUUAUUAACUCGCGGGAUUAAUCCAGAGUUUAUUUCCACACCUCUCCUCCUCUCUCAACAAGUAUCCAUCAUCACCGUCUUCAUCACACCUGUGGAUUGCAUACAGGCAGGUCUGCUCCUGCAGCAACCUCCCUCUCCUUCCACCACCAUUAACCUCAACACUCUGACCCUCCACCCCCCGCUCUGUGGUCCCCUUCCGUUGUCCCACCACGUCUGCGGAGUGGGUGCCGGCUCCCUCCCCCAGGGGUGGGAGUGAGGAGCUGGGGGAUGGACUCGACAAACCCCUGGAAAACGAUGCCGAGGGUGUGUGGAGCCCCGACAUCGAGCAGAGCUUCCAGGAGGCCCUGGCCAUCUACCCCCCCUGUGGCCGCAGGAAGAUCAUCCUCUCUGAUGAGGGCAAGAUGUACGGACGAAAUGAGUUGAUUGCACGGUACAUCAAGCUCCGCACGGGGAAGACGCGGACCAGAAAGCAGGUGUCUAGUCACAUCCAGGUUCUAGCCCGACGGAAGGCCAGGGAGAUCCAGGUGAAGCUGAAGGUACGCUACGACCAGGCUGCCAAAGACAAGGCCCUCCAGAGCAUGGCCACCAUGUCCUCAGCUCAGAUCAUCUCACCUACGGCCUUCCAGAACAAAAUGGCUCUCCAGGGCCUUUCUAGACCGGCUUACCCCACUACUGGUGGGUUUUGGCACGGGGCACUUCCAGGACAGCCAGGAGGCCAUGAAGACAUUAAGCCCUUCUCCCAGCAGAGUUAUGCCAUGCAAGGGUCCGGCCCGGCCCCCAUAACAGGUUAUGAAAGCACAGCAGGGCUGUCCAUGUCUCCCGGUGCCCCCCCUUGGCAGGGCAGGAGUAUUGCCAGCUCCAAGCUGCGAAUGCUGGAGUUCUCUGCCUUCCUGGAGCAACCUCAGGACCCAGAGACUUUCAACAAGCACCUGUUUGUGCAUAUCGGCCAGUCCAACCCGAGCUACAGCGACCCCUAUCUGGAGUCCGUGGACAUCAGGCAGAUCUACGACAAGUUCCCAGAGAAGAAAGGGGGCCUGAAAGAGCUGUUUGACAAAGGGCCACACAACGCUUUCUUUCUCGUCAAGUUCUGGGCGGAUCUCAGUGUAAACCUACAGGAUGACAGCAGCUUCUUCUACGGUGUGUCCAGCCAGUAUGAGAGCUCUGAGAACAUGAUAAUCACCUCGUCCACCAAGGUCUGCUCCUUUGGCAAACAGGUGGUGGAGAAAGUGGAGACGGAGUAUGCGCGCUUUGAAAAUGGACGCUAUGUGUUUCGGAUCCAUCGUUCCCCGUUAUGUGAAUACAUGAUCAACUUCAUCCACAAGCUCAAACACCUGCCGGAGAAGUACAUGAUGAACAGCGUACUGGAAAACUUCACUAUUCUACAGGUGGUGACUAACAGGGACACACUGGAGACCCUGCUCUGCAUAGCCUACGUCUUUGAGGUGUCCACUAGCGAGCAUGGCGCACAGCACCAUAUUUACAGGCUAGUCAAAGACUGACACAGUCACACAGUUGGAACUUUCCAGCUCUAGACCCAUUGUAGCACAUCAGUGAGCAACAACACUAAACAAUGGACUACUUCCUCCGCAAGCUUAAAGCUGAAACCAUACAACUCGGUCAGGAGCCCAAAGAAACACUGGCUGCGUCAGCGUGUGCAGGAACACUACUACUGCUGAAGAAGAGGUGGAGUUGGGACUGUGGAAGCUGAAACAUGCUGUGUGUGAAAAGCGGCAAGAGAAAAAAAGAACAAAAAAGCACAGAGGAGGACCAUGAUACACUGUGGUCUCUAUACCAAAGGAGCCAAACAAGACCUGCAUGAGAGAGUUGUCAUUGGUGGUGUUUUUCAUCUCAUUUUUACUAGAGCUUGUGUUUCAUUUAGAUUGUUUUACACACAUGCAUGUGCAGGGGAUGUUUGCUACAGAGGAGUUCAGCUGCCUCAGGGUGCCAUCUAGUGACUUAAAUAUAUACAACAAUGGGGUAAAAAAAUAAUAAAAGUAGACAGAAUCCCUCUUUUGCACAUCCAUGAAAUAUCACUGUUUUUUGUGCCAAUGUUUUGUGUUAUUUGAGCAUUUGAAUAAUUAUGUACAGUGCCACAUCCAUCUCCUCAUAACAGAGCUGUGACGAUAAGUGGCUAAAAUGAUUUAAGAGAGCUAUUGUAUUCACUUUGUUUGAUGUUUAAUGUUCAAUGUUUCUUGUAUUGUCUUACUGUUUUGAUUGAAAACGAUCUGACUACAACAAAAGGCACAUAAUAACACUGCUAACUUGAACCAGAUUUGGAUCUGUAAGUUGAUCACAGAAGUUGUCUGUAUCUGUAACUUGCCCUAAAGUGUCAGAUGAAAAUACAAGUGUUUCUUACAUAA